AUGCUUGACGACUCUGCUGAAAUAAUUGCCGAUGAGGACCGCGACACUGCCAAGACCGAACUUGGAGCGUUAUUGGAUAAGGAGGAGAUCGAAGAUUCCGAUAAAUUAUGGAGCCUUUUCUCAAAGGCUGGUCACCCUCUCGACCUGACUUCUGCAUUGCUGGCGAGACUAGGCAGCUCUGAUCGUGACGUUGAUAACAGAAGAGCCAGGCGACUUCUCAACUCCCUGCCUAUCGAGUCCCGAACUUCUGAGGAUUAUUUGCACAUGACCAAGUCCUGUAUUGCUACGGGGAAUCUUUCGGAUGUGGAUGGGAUAUGUCAGGAAGCAAUCUCAUACAGCCGCGGCGUCUUAUGUUGGGCAUACUGUUUUGCACAGUUUGUGAACUCUGAACAAUGGGAUUAUGUGCAGGAUAUUUGGAGAUCGAGGCCGUUGGGCGACAAGUCGCUGUGGCACACUGUCGCCCCUUGGCUACAGGUGUCUUCCGUGCAUAAGCCUUUGUUAGCACUUGCUGAUUACUUACAAGACCAGAGUCUCAACAGUCCAGUACGUCUUGCUGCUCGCUUCAUACUCAAUAAUGUAUUUUCUAGCACGGAGUUUGCCGAAGCUACUGCGACGGAGACCCUUCUAGCACUACUGCAAAAGUUCAACCAUCUGGACUUGAUCACUUCGCGGAAUUAUCUUGAUCUUAUCAACACCCUUCAAGAAUCAGAGCAACGAUCGACGUUUGUUCGAUCUAUCGUGGUUUAUCGGAAUUUCCGUUGGCAGAUGGAGGAAGAGACUCCACCCCGAAAGCUUCUGGCUAAGCUGUUGAAGCGUCUCGCUUCUUUCGAGAUCACGACCGGUAUCUUAUACUUCCUCGAUGAGAUUUCUCACUUCCAUCGCAAACCGACAGAGGACGUCUACAGGCAGGCGCUUAUUGUUUUUUCGAGAGCCGGUGAUGUGGAGAAUGUCCAGCAUGUAUUCGAGAGGUUCCUUUCGGACCACGGAAAGCCGCGAAGCCGCAAAAUCGUGGCUCCACUUCUCUAUGUCUACGCCAGAAUUGGCGAUGUUGAACAGACCACGCGUCAGUUCCGAAGAAUUUCGGAAGAGUUUAACCUUCAACCGAAUGACAUAUGUUGGAACAUCCUGCUUACAGCUUAUUCCAAAGCAGGAGAUCUUUCAGGGACCUUCGCCAUGUUCAAGAAGAUGAUGGAAGAGGGUGUUGAGCCCACCUCGCACACUUUUGGUAUAAUGAUGGGUCUUUGUGCUAACCGGGGCGAUGUUACUCAUGUCCGUGAUCUGCUCAGCCUAGCCCAACAACAUAACGUGCAGAUAACAGCCCCCAUGAUUGAUACAGUUGUGGAGGCUUAUUGCAACAACUCAGAGUGGGAGAUGGCUGAGCACGUUGCGGAGACUUGCCUCGGCCUCGACGUCAAGGGUUCUCGCGUAAGAAUGUGGAAUAUCUUGCUAUGGAAUUAUGCUUUCCGGAUGGAUCUGGAAGCUAUAUCAAGGAUACGCUCGCGGAUGGAUGCAUCAGGACUGGAGCCCGAUGAUAUGACCUAUUCUGCUCUCAUGCUCAGUCUUGUGCUUAUAGGCCAGACGGAUUCUGCCCGCCGCAUCCUGAGGGCACUCCACCGAGGUCGCCGCGUUUACGCCACUGAAUUUCACUACGCAGUCAUCCUGUAUGGCUACCUGAAGGACCGCAAUCGGGACAUGGUGCACAUCAUUUUCCGCGAAAUCAAAGACAGAUUCAAUCAGCCGGGACUUGGCUCGAGACUCCUUGUGCUCAAGAGUCAGAUCCAGCGAGAUUUGCAACUUUUGGCACAGGGCGGUCAGGUCGGCAACCACGCAAACAUUCGUCUCGAAAAUUCCGAGAAAUUCCUCGCAGAGACUCUUGCAGAUUACCACUCUACCAAGUUGGCGACGAAGUACCCCUUGCUGGGUUCUGGUAGGAUGUCUGCCAGGAAGGGAUUCCCUGCUGUUUAUUACGAAUAUAUGAUCUCUGCCUAUGGUAUGAAGGGGGCUUAUCUGUCGGCUCGGAGGCUUUUCGAUGACUAUACCGCUAGUCAUCCACCCAAAGACUCUGAUGAAGAGAAUUACCAUGACAUCGCGCCUCUUCGUUUGCUGUCUGCUUUGAUGCUCGCGCAUCUGAAGGCUGAACAGUACCAACAGGUGGAAGAAUGCUGGAACCUGGCUUUCACUCGUGCAUUGAAGAUAGCUAGUCCCACUUCUCCUGAGAUUGAUGAGUGGCUUAGUCGUCAACUCAACCCAGCUACGACAAAGAAGGACCCGAUUCUACCAGCGUACCGCUUCAUGCUAUCUCGCCCUCUUUCACUGUAUCUGCGUUCUUUGGCUUAUGGAAACGAGGUUUCGAAGAUCUCCGAGGUCAUAGCAAAGUAUGUGGAGGCAGGUUUCUCCAUGACAACCUUCAAUUGGUCCACUUUUGUGCAGAUGCUUGCGUCCUCCGACAGGUUGUCUGAUCAGAUUGAAGCUUUUACUGUCUUUGAACAUAAGUUCAUGCCCAACUUCCCUGGGUGGGAUAAUCUUCGUCGAGGAUAUGGUGCACGACCUCCGGGGGUGCCUUCAACCAUUGAUGCGAUGGAGAAUCCUAAACGGGCAAAGCCACCUAAUGUACUGGGCAGAUUGGGCCGGCGCUACUGGAGCAAGAUCCAGCCGGACUUCAUGCAGCCCACGUACGUGUCCAUGGUAUAUCUGGCUGCUGCAUUGAGGCGACUUCGCGAACAGAGCAUUCACGAGGGAGGCACGGAUCUUCAAGCUAUAUACGAUGCGGCGCCUAAGACGAUCGCAGCAGUUGCUAGACUUCCUUACCUCCGUGAGAAGUUCCAGGGUGUGCUCCUCCGGCGUCGGCAGGAGAAAGGCGAGAUGGUUGAUGAACUUGGACGUGAUCGUUAUGUGUGGACAGGCGGUAUUCUUGGUGUGGGCGGCCUGACUAGGUCUAAGUCACGGAAUGAACCUACUGCUGAAAAGGCGGGGCAAGACAGUAGCAAUAUUCGAUUGGACGAUGAUGAGCAAGAUUCCGAUGUUGCACCCUCGCCUUUCAGAAAUACCCUCGACUACCCCGAUGAAUAUGACAUGGAGGCCGAGACGCUGCUCGAGGAAAGAGACAAGGAACUCGGAACGAAGGAGGAAUUGAUGGACGAUGAAAGUCUCGUGGAAGAUGAUGAAGAUGAGUUCGACGAUCUGGAGGAGGACAUGGAGGUCGAAGGAGAAGAAGGAGAAAAUGAAGUAGAGGACGAAGAAUGGGUGGCAGAGGAGGCAGAAGAAGGAGAAGAUGUUUCUGAUGCCGAAGAACAGGACAUAUAUGAGCCCCAAAACGAGGGACAAACCCCUCUAGGCGAGGGGCCAAAGUCCCUGAGCCUUCCUGUAUCUUUCAUCAACUCAUCGCUCAGGUCUCUCACUGUCCUUGCCUCGUUCUUUUCAGCACCCAUCACCAGGUAUGGGAGCAUUCGCUCUUUAGUGUGCAUGAACCUCCUGCAACUUACUUGUCUCCUCAUAAUCGACCUUUGUGCUCUGUAUCACCGCUACACCGACGGAGAAUGGUCAAGCUCAGCAAGUUUGACGACGCCGCACAGGAUCGAGUGCGUGCCGCCGUUGAGUUUCUUGACCCCAGUUAGCAUCGAUGAGAUCCGAGCGCAUAACCGUGAGAUGGCCGAUGGCCUUCUCACGUCACCAUAUGAAUACUCUGAUGCCUUCGAAAAGGCCCUCAAAGAGAUCAUCAAGACUUUGCCGAAUAGGCCAUCGAGGGAAACGGGAGACGAUGUGAACUACCAUUGCGGCUUUGUUGGCGCAUUUGGAGAAUAUUCCUGCAACCCUAGGACGCUCGGUUCCUCCCACCUGAACCGAAUGAUCUCCCUCGAGGGUAUCGUCACGAAGUGCUCUUUGGUCCGACCCAAGAUCAUUCAGAGUGUGCAUUGGAGCGAGCGCGGUCAGAAGUUCCUUACAAGAAAGUACAUCGAUGCGACGAUGACGGCCAGUGGUGCCACGAGCAUGAGCAUCUAUCCCCAGGAAGACGAGGAGAAGAAUCCGCUUGUCACAGAGUACGGUUUCUCCACAGCCCCGGCUGGCCAGCUACCUCGGAGUGUGGAUGUGAUUGUUGACGAUGAUCUGGUUGAUCGGGCUAAGCCAGGAGACAGAAUCCAGUUGGUCGGAGUUUACCGCUCUCUGGGUAACAGAAACGCUUCGUCUACGUCUGCUACAUUCCGCACGCUUGUCCUUGCGAAUAACAUUAUCCAACUGUCUUCGAAAUCCGGUGGAGGAAUCGCGCAGGCCACCAUUACCGACACCGACAUCCGUAACAUCAACAAAGUCUCCAAGAAGAAGGGCGUUUUUGAGCUCUUAUCGCACUCGCUCGCGCCCAGUAUCUAUGGACAUGAUUACAUCAAGAAGGCCAUCCUGCUCAUGCUGCUCGGUGGUAUGGAGAAGAACCUGGACAACGGCACUCAUUUGCGUGGUGAUAUCAACAUUCUCAUGGUCGGUGACCCUUCGACCGCCAAGUCUCAACUGCUUCGUUUCGUUUUGAACACCGCCCCGCUUGCGAUUGCCACGACAGGUCGAGGAUCUUCCGGUGUCGGUCUUACGGCUGCCGUCACGUCUGACAAGGAAACUGGCGAGCGGAGACUUGAAGCUGGUGCCAUGGUUCUGGGUGAUCGCGGUGUGGUCUGCAUUGAUGAGUUCGACAAGAUGAGCGAUGUCGAUCGUGUGGCUAUCCACGAAGUCAUGGAGCAGCAGACUGUCACCAUUGCGAAGGCCGGUAUUCACACGAGUUUGAACGCCCGAUGCAGUGUUCUGGCCGCCGCCAAUCCGAUCUACGGACAAUACGACCCCCACAAAGACCCCCACAAGAACAUUGCCCUUCCGGAUUCUCUAUUGUCGCGUUUCGAUUUACUCUUCGUCGUGACCGAUGACAUUGAGGAUUCCAGGGACAGAAUGGUGUCAGAGCACGUCCUCCGUAUGCACCGCUACCGCCAGCCCGGCACUGAGGAGGGUGCUCCUGUCCGCGAACAGCUUCACCAAACGCUUGGUGUCGGCCUCGAGGAUACGCAGGACUCGAACCAGCCUACAGAUGUUUACGAGAAGUUCAAUGUCAUGCUUCACGCCGGCAUGGCCCACAUGAGCCGGUCCAAGAGCAAGAACAUUGAAAUCUUGAGCAUUCCCUUCAUCAAGAAAUACAUUCAGUACGCCAAGUCUCGUGUCAAGCCCGUCUUGACUAAGGGUGCCGCCGACCACAUUGUCGCAACAUAUUCCGCUCUGAGAAACGACGAACUGUCUGGUAACCAGCGCAGAACAUCGCCCAUUACUGCUCGUACCUUGGAAACCUUGAUCCGUCUAUCCACGGCCCACGCCAAGUCACGCCUCUCGAACAGAGUCGAGGAGCGCGAUGCCAAGGUCGCAGAGUCUAUCCUCCGGUUCGCCAUGUUCAAGGAAAUCGUUGAAGAUGAGCGCCGCAAGAGGAGAAAGGUCGCUUCGUUUGACGAAGAUUCAGACAGUAGCGACUCUGAUUCUGACGACGAUAACACUCCUGCGCAAACAUCCAGCGCCACCCCCAGAGCAUCCAGGAGAGGCGGUCUCCGAUCCCGUGCAGCCAACGCUCGUUUCGCCACCAACGAGGACACAGAGAUGGAUGCGGACGGAGAUGCUGUCUCCGAGGAUGGCGAUGGCUUGUACAAUUCUAGUCCCCGCGGUCAACGACUCCGCUCUAGCCAAACGUCCCGCGCACAGACACAAACACAAAGUCAGUCCCGGAUGUCUGUGGCUUCAUCUCGACCCGCGUCACAGCUGGUCGAGUCCCAGACAGACAACUCGCAGUCGCAGAACACGAUUGCUUCAUCUGAGCCGAUCCAGCCUGCUCGCUUGACGGUCUUCAGGCAAGCACUGGGUCCUCUGAUGGGCACACGACUAUUCACCCACGGUGACACCGCCGACGUCGAAUCGCUUAUCGGAGCUGUGAACACUGCGCUGCGCAACACGCCUUCCCUCGGCGAAUCGCACGUCUUCCAGCGCGGGGAAGCUAUCCAGGCCCUGAGGGCUAUGAACGAGAGGAACGAAUUAAUGUACCUUGAGGAUGACGAAACCGUCUACAGAAUCUAA